CAGAUUUUGAUUCUCAUUUCCAAAACUUGUUGCAUUAAAUUUCGGUUCUAAUUCCUGAAAUUUUGAUAGGAUAUCAUGUUGUGCUCGCCUAUUUGUUGUGAGACAGGGGAGUUUGAGUAGUAAAAAAUUUGGCGCAACACCUCAAAGUCUCAAACCACCACCACCAAACUUUGGUGGGGUGGGGGUUCAAACUUCCAUUUCCCUCUCAAAAGUAACGGUAAAUGCGACUCUACGCCACCCAUAGGAGGAGGCUCUUCCAUGCCAUCACCACUCAAUCUCUCUCCUCCAAACCCCGGCCGCAACGAGCUGCGGAGCUUAACUGUCUUUCUCUUCUCCAAACCUGCCAAUCUCCCCUUCAACUCCUUCAAAUUCAAGCUCAUAUUCUCAAGCUUGGCCUCAGUAGCAAUCCUUUAAUCCUUACAAAAUUCACUUCUACUUCUUCCGACAUCGACGCCAUUGAUUACGCCUUUUCUUUUCUCUUUCCUCCUGAGGCCGAUACUCGCCUUUACGAUACAUUUCUCUUCAAUACUGUGAUUAGGGCUUAUGGGAAAACCCCAAAUUUGAAGCAUUGUGCGCUGAAUGUUUACUGUUUUAUGGUCAAGAAUGGGGUUUUCCCCAAUAAUUUUACAUACCCUUUUGUUCUUAAGGCCUGUGCUGGAGUUGGGGAUUUGAGAUUGGGAAAACAGGUUCAUGGACCAGUGUUGAAACUGGGGUUUGAAGGAGAUUUACAUGUGGGGAAUACGAUGGUUCAUAUGUAUGGUUGUUGCGAGGGCGGAAUCAAGGAUGCACGUAAGGUGUUCGAUGAAAUGCCUGAGAGAAGUUCUGUGACUUGGAGUGCUAUGAUUGGUAAUUAUAUGAGGUCUGGAUUGUCAGUGAAUGCUAUUGACUUGUUUAAGCAAAUGCAGGUUGCUAAGGUUUAUCCUGAUGAGUUCACAAUGGUAUCUGUUCUAUCAGCUUGUGGUGAUUUGAGCGAUCUUGAGCUUGGGAAAUGGGCUGAAUCUUAUAUUGAGAGAGAACGGAUCCAUAAAAGUGUUGAGCUUUGUAACUCGUUGAUCAAUAUGUUUAUGAAGUGUGGUGAUAUUGAAAAGGCAAUGAGUGUUUUCAAUAGUAUGAAGGAAAGGGACAUUGUAUCUUGGACCUCUGUGCUUGCGGGAUUGGGAAUGCAUGGACAUGGGAUAGAAGCUAUUUCCAUUUUUGAGGAAAUGAAAAGAGACGGUGUAAGGCCUGAUGGUACUGCUUUUGUCGGCCUGUUGAAUGCUUGCAGUCAUGCUGGUUUAAUUGAUGAAGGCCGAUUCUAUUUCAAGUCGAUGAUGGACUAUGGUAUAUCACCUAAAAUGAAACAUUAUGGAUGUAUGGUGGACUUGAUGUGCAGGGCUGGUCUUGUCAAAGGAGCACUCAAGUUCGUCGAAAGUAUGCCCAUUGAACCUAACUCAAUAAUACUGCGGACCUUGAUCAACGCUUUUCCUGGUCAAAGUGAGGUAAACCUUAGUGAAUUUUACACAGAGAAGCUGUUUGGGAAGGAGGUGAUGAAUGAGUCAGAUUAUGUGAUUCUUUCCAAUAUCUAUGCGAAACUGUCUGUUUGGGAGAAUAAGUACACCAUCAGAGAAAUGAUGGACAAGAAGGGGAUAAAAAAGACUCCUGGAUGCACAAUGGUUUAACUGAAUUUUGAUAUUUAUGUAUUAUUUCAGCACAAUUUCAAUACAUAUGGAGAUACAUAAGCUAUUAGAGAAAAUGACAAGAAAAAUGAUAAAGCACAGGGCAAGGUUUUUACAAAGCUUUUACUUGAUAUUGUGAGGACCACCAUCAAGGACUUUCCUGGUGUGUCCACCUAUCAAUAUCUGGAAUGCGAUCAUUUGAGGGUUCACCAUCCCAAAGAGUGUUCUGAUUACAAGCUAUGUACAAAAGAUAACUCGUAUGGAGAAUGAUGGUUUUAUUUGGAUUUGGUAUAUGAAGCAGCUUGUGAAUUAAUAUGCUUUGUGUCUGAUUUUAUGAAGACAUUCAUGACACGCCAAAAUUUUAAUCUGGAUUCCUUUUCAGAAGAUGAAACAAAGGUUAGAAUUCGAUGAUAAGCAGUAUGUUUUUUGUCGAAAUGAACAGUUUGGCCUGUCUUUUUUGGGAGAUUUGCCCAUUUGUGAUCAAAGUAUCCAAUUGUCAUGUAUCUGGUACGUGUAAGUAUAAUAGUUUGAUGUAGCAAGGAAGGCAGAGAGAAAAGACUGUAAAGUGAUCUCCUAUUUGUCUGCAGACUUGUUGUACCUAUUAGGAUAAUGAAAUCUUAUGAAAACUGUAAUAAUAGUGUACGUAAAGGGGACAUAUUUUAGUGGGUAUGGUUUUAGUGUGCAUCAUAUUGUCAAGUAAUUAAGAUAGACCUGUUUUUGAUUUCUCCUA